AUGUCUUUAACUCCUCCAAGUGGUACAUUGAGAUUGGGUGCAACUGCUCCUGAUUUUACUGCUGAAACCUCCAACGGUCCAAUUCUGUUCCAUGAAUUCAUUGGUGAUAACUGGGUUGUGUUGUUCUCUCAUCCUGAUGACUUCACCCCUGUUUGCACCACUGAAUUGGGCGCCUUUGCCAAGUUGGAGCCUGAAUUCACCAAGAGAGGUGUUAAGUUGAUCGGUUUAUCUGCCAAUGGUACUGAAUCUCACAAAGCCUGGAUUAAGGAUAUUGAUGAGAUCACUGGUUCUAAAUUGAACUUCCCAAUCAUUGCUGACCCUGAAAGAAAGGUUGCUUUGCAAUACGAUAUGAUUGAUUUCCAAGAUGCUACUAAUAUCGAUGACAAGGGUGUUCAAUUCACCAUUAGAUCUGUUUUCAUCAUUGAUCCAUCUAAGAAGAUUAGAUUGAUCUUGUCUUACCCUGCUUCUACUGGUAGAAACACUGCUGAAGUCUUGAGAGUUGUGGACUCCUUGCAAACUGGUGACAAGCACAGAAUCACCACUCCUAUCAACUGGGUUCCUGGUGAUGAUGUCAUUGUUCACCCAACUGUUUCUAACGAAGAAGCAAAAACUUUGUUCCCUAAGUUCAGAAUCAUCAAGCCUUACUUGCGUUUGACUCCUUUGGAGCUUGAACAAAAAUAA